GGGGGAUGACGAAACAAUUUUUUUCCAAGGACAGGUAAUGACAAAUAAAUUCUCAACAUUUUAUUCAAAAAUUUUGCAAGUCAUUUUCUUGUCGAUAUUUGCCCCUGCAAGACAUAAUGUAGCUGCAUUUGAAGGAAAGGAUUGGCAUUUUCAUUCACAAAUGGCUUCAUUAAGAUCAUAUUUGCCGCCAGCUGGCGGUUCUGUGUGGAGAAAUGAACGAACAUUGACAAGGACAUCAUCCAGUGGAGAGGCUGAAUGUAGAUUAUCUCGCACGAAAAUAAAACAUAUUGUAAUACGUGAAGUAUGGAAGAGAGAUGUCCCGUCCUCUCAUGCUCUUUAUAAGAUUGAUGUAAUGACUCAGUCAAAUCAUUGGUUUAUUCUACGUCGUUAUCGAGAAUUUCAUUCUCUUCAUGUUGAUCUUGUCCAACAAUACAACAUUCCAAGUGACAUGCUGCCAACCAAGAAACUGUUUUCCAAUAUGUCAUUGGGUCAUCUUGAGAAAAGACGUAAUGCUCUUGAACAUUAUCUUCAAAGACUUAUCAACAGUCAUCAUGAUAUUGCUGAAUCUCAGGAACUAUUCCAGUUUCUUAAUGUCCAAACUCACGAUGUUCUUUGUGUGACAAGACAGCUUGCUAAAGUUUUAGAGAAGGAAGGACGAAAUAUUCUGGCAAGUGGUGGUAUUUUUACGUUCUCUCCCACUCAAAUGUACUGCAUAACGCGACAAUUGCAACUACCGCAUAUGGCUAUUGAAGAAUCAGAUACCUCAAACCCAGGCGACAAUAUGGUCGAUUUAGGUCAUCUUUACGGCUUUAUUCAGGAGUUAGAGAGUUUGUGUGUCAGUGGAGUUUCCAGUCGUUCAUCACCAUGUCAAGAAUUGAUCAGCAAUCAAGCUUUUGAUAUCUCACUUUUUAAAUCCUUAACAAAGUUACAGAUUGAAAAAUGUCAUAUCAGUGUGAUAGAUGGGUUAUUUCGGAUACAGAAACAGCUGACACAUGUAACAUUAUCCCACUGUCUCAGUUCUAUGAAGGAGUUCUUGGUUGAUUGUGCUAUGCAGAAACGUGCUAUUAAGCAAGCCUCUAGUAACGUGGAGUCUUGGCGAAAUAUGUCAACAACAAAACUUACUGACAAUCGUGUUGUGGUUCGGCCAUGGGUACUCCUUACUCACAUCAAUAUGAGUCACAAUAAUAUUUCAACAUUGGAUCAUUCUUUGAAACUAUUGCCAUCUUUGGAGCAGUUGGACUUAAGCCACAACGAGUUUGUCCACUUGGAUUUGGAACAAUUAACGUCAUCCACGUUAACAUUUCUUAACUUGAGUUACAAUCAGAUUCAUUAUGUAUCAGCCACUUCAAGGGAUCUUCGCAACCUGAAGUCACUACUUCUUACAAACAAUAAAUUACAAAAUCUUGAUGGUAUUGAAUGUUUGCGAGGAUUGGUAGAACUUGAUGUAAGGCAUAACGAUGUUAAAGCGAUUGAAGAACUGGUGAAGAUAUCAUCCUUACUGCACUUGCGAAUACUGGCUUUAACAGGAAAUCCUUGUGUUGCUGCAAAAUCGUACAGAAUUAAAGUAUUUUGCCAACUCAAAGCUAGAGAGCUUAUAUUGGAUGGUAUCAAAAUUACAGAGAUUGAAAAGGCGAAAGUUAAUCUUUUUCAAGGUCGUAAAAUAUCAAACACUGAUUCUGGACAUACUCCCAAGCACAAUCUGUCAUCUGUUCCCCAAACACAAGUGAAUCAAGAUAUGAAGAAAAAUUUCCCGCCAUACAGAGAUGAUGAUCAGGAUUCGGGUUUUGGCGGGAAUUAUACCGGAAGUGUUGAUGAAGGGGGCUUGGUUUUUGACUGGAGUUGCUAUAGCAACCACUUGGAUGUCUUACCUGAGACUUUUCAAUGUCAAAUUCCAGGUCCCAAUACAUCAAGGUCGAUGUUAAGAAGCCCACCACCUUCCAUAAGGAGUUCAAGAGGUGAAAUAAAUCAGAGAAAUAAUAAAAAUGCCGUUUCUAAAAGCGAGAAUGACAAUAAUGUUCUCUUUACUACAAACGAUGCAGUAUUGAACUCGAAAAGCAGACAUGGUACUGAAAAUGUUCUUUUAGAGCGUGGAAAACAACCUUUAAACAAACGUAACGUUAAAAGAAAUACAAAAUUUUCUGUUUCUGCUCCUUCGACGCUCCUGCAAAUAUCAUUGAAUGGCAAAACAAGUGAAAUAAGUGAGGUUGUGAGCCAUGCAAACAAACAGGAUAUGAAUGAUGGUAUUUGUGAUAGGGACAAUACAAUAUCAAUUCAAAACAGCACGAAGACUAUUCAUGAUGACGUGGAUAAUUGUCAGGACAACACGGAAACUUUUAAACACUCCAGCAACACAAGGGAUAUAGGUCAGUGUCCCUUAAAAGACAAUUUAAACCCUGAUCAGGAUACGGAUGCGGAAGUCAGUAAGGGUAACGUCAAUCACCAUCAGGACAGCGUAAAUUCAGUCCACGGUGACUCGGUUUCCAUCCAAGACACCACGAACUUAGGCAAAGAUAACACAAAUUCUAUUGUUAAAAACACAGAUUUCUCUCAGAACAGCACGAAUUUGGCUCAUGAUAAAACGAAUUCAAUUGGCGACAAAACGGAUCUCUUUCAAGACAGCACGAAUUUUGUUCAUGAUAACACGAAUUACAUUGUUGACAAGACAGAUCCUUCUAAGGACUGCACCAGUGAGUCGAGUUCUCCUUUUUACGAACAACCUCAAACUAUCGAUUCUACGAACGAAAUCAAUGAAGUCACCUGAUAAAUUCACCAAAAUCCACACCACGCAGUCCUUCACCUGAAUGAAGAUUGGGGAAAGAAUUUACCAAAUGCCAUGCACGACUGCGAUAUAUUUUUUUGAAUGAAAAAGUUCUUCAUAAAAUCUUGUGAUAUUUAACAAUUUGCUGAAGGUGAUGUAAAUGUCGUUGUAUAAUUACAAAGAUGAUUGUUUGAAUUGUUCAACCGUAAACGAAUGUCACCAAAAUUUUAAAUGAAACGAUGUAUCAUUAGAAAUAAUAUUAUGAUCAUUUUGGGCCAUUUUUUUCGCUUCUUUCGUUGUUUCUUCAUCUGUCACCAACAAGAAAUCACUCGCCGCCAUUUUGACAAUUCACUCAGGUGAUUAUCGAAUAUUCCGAGUUCUUUCAACCAAUCAGAGGCCAGAAUUUCCAAUAAUUCACCUUUGUAAAUUGUAAUUGUACAAAAACGACACACAAACAGCUGCAUGAACAAACAAAAAGACCUAAUAAAGUAAUAUGCAUGCGAUGCUAGAGCAGUUCCAGCAUUUGUAUUCAUUAACAAUAUUACAAAUAAUUUAUUGAAAAUAUUAAUUUAUAUAUCAAAUAUAAUACACAGCAUUUAUAUAUAAUUAGUAGUCCACAUGCAUGUAGUGAAUAUUGACCUUGAUUUGAAGGGAUAUUUGUGGUAUUUUUUCGCAUUGCAUCGAUUGACAUAAUUUUUAAUAUAUAU